ACAAAAUAAAAUCAUCAGAAUUUGGAGGGCAUUUUGUUUAAAGCAUAAUUACCACAAAGGACUUGGAAAAAAUUGCAAACAACGCAUUUUCGUCCAUCCAAAAACGCAAACUGACUCUUCAUCCAUAGAGAAUAGAUAUCGUCUGCUUCAUCACUCUCAUACGCUACAAUCUUCCUCCCUCUCUCUCAUUCCCCACUUCCGCAAAGUUAAUUUCGUCCUCUGCUCAAUAUGCAAGCAUUAACCACACCUAACAGCCAUCACAUCCAUUCACGGAAUGAUCGUCGUGCACCUCUUUUCCUUCUAUUUCUCACCAUUGCUUUAGAUACAAGGUAAAUUAUUUUUUCAUAAACUUGAAGUAUCUGUUUUGGGUAUGCAUGGUUCCGUCUAUUUCAAAUUCGGUUUGAUGGAUGCGUAUGAUGGGUGCCAAGCGCUUUCCCACUCUUAGUAAUGUCGCCUAGCUAAUCGAACAUUCUUCGGGGAGUAACAAACGAAUUAAGUCAACGAAGGUGCUAUAGAUCAAAUACUUAAAAGAGCAUCUCAAAAUUAUGAAGAUCACAAAGAUAAUUGCAAGGAGUGAUCAGUUAGGCAUGAGUAAACGAGGACCCCGCUCUGUUCCAUCUGCAUCAUCUCCUCAACCAGAAUAUUAUUGGGAUGCAUCCGAAUCAUUAAAUGCGUUGAGCUCGAUCGAGGAGGAAUCUGAAAAUGAGUCUAAUCAUGAUGACAUUGAUGAGAGGACGAGAAGAUUUCAUUUCCUCGACACUUCUGUUUGUCUCUAUCAAGCUGCCCUAAAAGGUGAUUGGUCAGCUGCUAAGGAGGUACUUGAUAAAUAUCCAAAAGCCGCUACAUAUUCCAUAACAAGACAGAAGGAUACAGUUCUUCACAUCGCGGCUGCAGCAGAGAGCACUGAUUUUGUCAAAGAAUUGGUAAAGCGGAUGAAUCCAAGCGACUUAGAAAUAAAAAAUAGAAGUAAUAAUACAGCCAUUUGCUACGCUGCUGCAUCAGGAAUCGUGGCAAUUGCGGAGGAGAUGGUGAAUAAGAACAAUGAACUGCCGCAGAUUCGUGUGAGUAACGAAUCAGUCACGCCUCUUUACAUGGCAGCUUUGCACGGACGUAGAAACAUGGUGUCUUAUCUGUACUCUGUCACUCCUUUUGAAGAUUUGACUCCUCCUGAGCGCAUUGAUAUCCUUGUCGUCUGUAUUUCCACUGAUUUGUAUGAUAUAGCAUUGAAAAUUCUGAAAAGAGAUCCAGAAUUAGCAACAAUGAAGAAUGCAUAUGGGAAGAUAGCAUUGCAAGAGCUAGCCAAAAAACCUGAUGCAAUCGGCAGCAGAAGUCAGCUAUCCAUCUGGGAAAGAUGCGUAAACUUCUGGCCGUUCAAAGGGAUCUAUAAGAAAGCUUUGAUGCGCACAAUAGCCCAUCAAUUGGUUGAUCUACUCUGGGUAAACGUUCGACAAUUGCCAGAGAAAGACUUCUCAGACAUGGUUCAAAACCAUUCAUCUUUCCUUUUUGAUGCUGCAAUAUCAGGGAACGUUGAGUUUCUAAUUAUACUUAUACGAUCAUAUCCUGAUCUCAUAUGGAGUUUAGACGAGAAAAAAAGAAGUAUAUUUCACUUUGCUAUUAUAUAUCGGCAAGAGAGUGUAUUCAGUCUAAUAUAUGAGCUAGGUGCCAUCAAGGAUAUCAUCGCCCUCUAUACUGACAAUCACCAUAACAAUAUGCUGCACUUAGCUGCAGAAAUAGCUCCUCCAGAUCGACUAAAUAUCAUAUCAGGGGCAGCACUUAAAUUGCAACGAGAGCUAUUGUGGUUUAAGGAGAUAGAUAAGAUUGUUCAGCCUUCAUACAGAAAGAAGAAGAAUAUAGAUGAAAACAACAAAACUUUAGAUACACCAUGGGAAUUAUUUACAAAGACACAUCAGAAUUUGUGCAAAGAAGGUGAAAAGUGGAUGAAGGACACUGCAAACUAUGGCAUGCUUGUGGCAGCACUAAUUGCCACUGUAGUUUUCGCUGCAGCCUUCACUGUACCAGGUGGCAACGAUCAAAAACUAGGCACUCCAAUUUUAUUAAGUGGCAAAUGGUUUAUGGCGUUCUUCAUAUCAGAUGCAAUUGCAUUGCUCUCCUCAUCGACAUCGAUAUUAACGUUCUUGUCAAUCCUCACAUCACGCUAUGCAGAAAAGGAUUUCCUUCUCUCAUUACCUGCAAGGUUGUUGCUUGGACUUGCAACACUUUUCAUCUCUAUAGCAAGCAUGGUGAUAGCUUUCAGCGCUACCUGCUUUCUGGUAUACGACAGUGAAAUCACAAGUGUUCCAAUUAUUAUAACAAUUUUGGCUGCCAUUCCAGUUACAUUGUUUUUAACUUUACAUUAUAGACUUUGGGCGGAUAUAUUCCGCUCAACAUAUGUUUAUAGGUUUCUUUUCCGACCACGUGAACGUAGAGUUUUCUAGGAACAAUUCAACUAGGCGAUUGAUUGGUAGAAAAUGUAAAAUGAUAGACAAAAGAAAAGGAAGGGAAAUUGUUAAAGCAAAUCAAGUGAUUUUGAACUAGCUAGAUGUAUUACUAUCCUUUUUGUUAUAUUGAUUAUAAAUUGUACUUUGCAUUCCCAAAUCCACAGUUUGAUGGGAGUGAAACUACCAUUUAGUAA